AUGCCAAAGCUCUGGAAAGGGCUUAAAAUGAGAGGCUUGGAGAUUCAAGAGCUCAGAUGUCUAAAAGGACAGAGGGGAAGAGGUAGAGGAAAAGGUCAGUCAGAGUCCUCGACUCCACAAGAGAUACGCUCUACAGCUCGGGUGUAUAAUCUCAAAACUAGUGAGGAUCGAGUUGACCCAGAGAUUAUAACAGCCAAAGAGAAGGGGAUUGAGGAAAUUCCCAUAGUUAGAGUGUUUCCCGAUGUAUAUCCUGCAGAGUUACCAGGUUUGCCUCCGGAUAGAGAAGUAAAAUUCCAGAUCGAAAUAAUGCCAGGAACAACGCCCAUUGUAAUGGCACCAUACAUAAUGGCUCGAAAGGAGUUGCAAGAGUUAAAGAUACAAUUACAGGAGCUGUUGGAUAAAGGAUUUAUAAGACCGAGUUUCUCGCCAUGGGGAGCUCCAGUUUUGUUCGUCAAAAAGAAUAAUGGAUCUAUGCGUCUUUACAUUGAAUAUAGGCAGCUCAAUAAAGUGACCAUCAAGAACAAGUAUCCCCUUCGCCGAAUUAAUGAUUUGUUCGAUCAAUUAAAAGGAGCUUCACAAGUCAAAGCUGAGCAUCAGGUUCCGUCGGGACUGUUGCAACCAAUAUCUAUUCCUCAAUGGAAAUCGGCUUUAUCGGAAACCAUGGUUGCGAACAUGAUCGACGAACAUGGAGAGUGGGAUUGGCCUAAGGUUUAUAAUAUUCUUUCUGAGGAAAUUAUUCACAGAUUGAUGGCCCUUAUGACUCUGCCUAGAGUUCAUGUGAUCGAUGGUUUUGGGUGGAAGUGGAAAUCGAACCGGAUAUUCACCAUGAAGUUGGCGUAUGAGCUGCGUAUCCGAAACAUGUUUCAGUAUAUAAUAUUUGGAAUAACAUUGCUAAUUUUAAAGGGUUGCCAAGAGUGA